CAGCACCAGGAGCCGAGGAGAGGCAGCGAGCUAGCUAAAGCUGAAGAGUAAGGACUGAAGACACGGCUCAACAUUAGCACCUACACCGACAAGAGUCUCACACACUGAAAAUACCUACCGAUAUCCGCCAGAAUCGCCGAGACCAACGAGGCAACGGAAUACAAGAAAGAGUCCAGUAAUCAUGUACGAUGCGGCAAGGGUGUCGUCUCCUAAGGAUGGUGCAAUUGGCCCACCUGUGGUCCCCGGAGCAGAAGCAGGAACAACUGUAGGAUCAGGAGGGCCCAUGCCGACUGCGGUCCUACAAGCUAAAACUGAGGAGGGGUGGCCAGGUACGGAGGAGGAGGAGGAGGAGCUCAAAGCAGAACCUGUACUGGUGAAGAAGCCACACAGAGAGAUUCUGGACCAUGAGAGGAAGAGGAGGGUGGAGCUCAAAUGUAUGGAGCUCCAGGAGAUGAUGGAGGAACAGGGGUACACAGAAGAAGAGAUUCGACAGAAAGUAAGCACAUUCAGACAAAUGCUGAUGGACAAAGAGGGAGUCAUCACCAGAGAGGGCUCACACACACAGUCAGUGGUCAGCCACUUGCACUAUCAGCCUGAGGCGUAUGAAGAAGACCUUGAACUGGUCAGCUAUGAAGAUGGUGACUAUGACCAGGAUUACCACCGUGACAACAGAGUGAAGAGGAAAUCAAGCAGCUCUCCAUCCCCUCGUCCAAAGAAAAGGAAGAAGAAGAAAUCUGGCCGCCGAAGGAGUCGGUUUGGUAGCUCCUCACCCACACGCCGAGAGAAGAAGAAAAAGAGUGGGAAAAAACACAAGCGAGACAGAUCUGCAUCUGGCUCCAGAAAAAAGAAGCGAUACAGGUAUGCAUGAGAGAGGAAAACAAUACAUUGUAACAUGACUGCCACCGUU